UAAAAAGGAUAGGUGGGAAGAUGCAGAAUAGAUAACCAACGUUGUCUGUGUAAGGAGCUGCGAAAGGAGCAAGAGAAAAGGGGGAAGCGAGGAAAAUGCUUGUCUAUUUAUACUUUGGCAACACGAACACCGCAUGUGCCUAUGGCCUUGUUUUAUUUACCUGGUUGCAAGCAACAACACCAACACCAAUAGCAAAAAUAGUAGAAUCAGAAGCGGCAGCGGCAGUCAGGAUCGGGGGGUGGGAAAUAAGUAUAGAGAUUGGACAGACCAUUUUUUUGUUUUUUGCACGCGGCAAAAUCAAAAUCACAGCCAGAUUGCAUAAGAGAAAAAACAAAAACCCAGGCACUCAAAAAUCAUCCAAGUGGACGAAUAAAGACCGGUCACCUCCGCCCCCUCUUUUCUUUUUCUUGAUCACCACUGCAAUUGCAUCGGCCAGCCAGCCAGUCAGCGCUAAAGGCAACAACCUAAUGACACAUGUGUCAUCUCUAUUCUUGUUUUCCCUGGGGGGGGGGUCUUUGCUCCGACGCAGUUACUCAUGAUAUCAGCAAUGUAAGUUUUGACCAGCCAGCCAUCCAGCCAAGAAGGCUGGCAGUCGGUUGGUCAGCUAGCCAGUUAGUCAGCUGUGAUUCAUACCUGCUGUAAGCUUGGAUUGCUUUGAAAUGAAGUCAAAAUGCAGCAGCAGUGGCUGUAGUAUGUGGUGUGAGACUGGCUAUUAUUAGCUUGAAAUAAAUAUGCUUAAAUUAUUAAAGUUUAGGAAAGAAAAAACUACUGAAUGUGCAAUCCAGUGGGUGGCCCUGACUAUUUAUUGCGUGCUUUUAUAGGACAGAAUCGGCGCAUUCAUUCAUUCAAGACAUAGGGGGGCGA